AUACCAGGUUCUUAUCCGAGAAAUAUUAGUGAACAUGAACAGCCGAUUCUGGUAUCCUUGUUAAUACGUAAUAUUGCAUUAAUACGUAAUAGUGCAUUUUCGUUCUGAGAAAGAUGAGUCCUGGCUUAGGGCACGAUCCUUUGCCAUCGUACAACAUCACUGCUCUCGGAAACACUGCUCUCUGCUUGUGGCAACAGCCACAACACAUUUUGUUCCAGUUAGCAAAUUUCUGUUUCGCACUAUCGUAUUCGGCGCCAUCCUCUAAAAAGGGGAUUUUGUUUAUGCAUUCAGUGCUAAUCCUAGGUUUUAUGUUGCUAUCAGGAUGGGCUUGGCACGUGAUAUGCGCACCAGAUAUCUUCUCCUGGAACUUUAGCUUUCUAUUGCUCAAUAUCGGUCAAUUAGUCUACAUUGUUUAUCAGAUGAGACCCAUCAGAUUUGAUCCCGAAUUAGAAGAAGCUUAUCAUACGCUCUUUUAUCCUUUCAAAGUUUCACGAUUGCAAUUCAAGCGAUUAGUAUCGCCAGAAUUUGCGACGAUAACGUCUCUUCAUGCCGGCGAAGCGUACGCGAUGCAAAAUCUAACGAGAACCGAUAGAUUAGGUUUACUUCUCACGGGCAAAGUCAAUGUUUUGAGCGAUACUAAUUUUCUGCAUCCCAUAUUGCCCUGCGAAUUUCUAGAUUCACCGGAAUUCGAAAGUUCUCGAGCUUCUGUUGAUGAUAAAUUUAAGGUAUCUAUCAUAGCAGCGAGUUCAUGCAGAUAUCUGUAUUGGCAAAGAUCAGCUUUGGAGUAUCUGCUUGUAAAGGAAACUUAUCUUGCAACUGUCUUAACCACUCUAGUGGCAAGAGAUAUCGCAACGAAGCUGUAUGCAAUGAAUAACAAGAUAGUGACAGAUAAGGGAUCACACUUGGACAUUCGCCUUCCUACGAUUAGCGCGGGUUUAGGCAUCAAUAGCGAGUAUAGAAGUCCUCGAGCUUACAGACAGGCACAGAUCCGCAAGAAAGAAAUUAAAUCGACAUCUAACAACGUUAGCAGCGUCAAGUCCAAAGAACGCACGGUGAAUAAUUUAUCGAAGAAAGGACCGAAUAUGGAACCGCUUCCGGAGCUGCCGUCUUGCGAUGACCUGGCCUCCAGCGGUGUGGAGAGCUGGUUGGAUUCUUCUAGCAAGUAUCACAGCUGCGAAAUUGUCGACGACGAAUAGCAUUACGCCUCCUACUCGAAUUACGAGAGUUUGAUCGGCGAUGCCGAGGACGCCGAUCACGAUAUACAGUUCUUCGACUACAAGAACACAGAGUGUUGGAGACCAUACGACGAUUAACGAUAAAAAAAGUGACGGCAAUAAAGAGCAUACGCUUUUACUUUCGUUCAAAGCGUUACACUGUUGGACUUUAAUAAAACUGUCAAGACACUUUAAUUUUAAAGUAUUUAAUACUAAAAAUCUCAUAAUUAGACAUUUCAUGAAUUUCGCUAGUAAAUUCAUCAACAGCAACAGGAUUCAUCAAAGAAUAUAUUCCCACUAGUCGUAAUAUUGUACGAUAUAUUCCGUAGAUUUGUUGCCCAGCAACGAAAUUUGCAACGAAAGCACCUUUCGAAAAGUGUAUGCAUGUAAUGUAAAUUUAAUGCUUUGUACAUAUUUGUAAAUAUCAAACUUGACGACGAAUUUGGAGGAUGGAAACUUUAGUCCGAGAAAAAAAGAAACUAUGUGCUUACGAAGAUAUUUUAAUUAAUUUUUGGAAAAAGCUAAAGUGUUAAGUAAAUUUAACAUUUAUAAGCAAAUGCACACAAAUGCGCCUAUAAAAUUUUUAUAAAUAUUAAAAUCGAUCGAAGGAUUGAGCAAAGGAAGAGAAAAUCUAGAAUUUCUUAC